GCGUGGGUGAGUGACUGAACACUGACAUGAACUCUGGGAAUGAAGCACAGCAGUCUGGAGCUUUAUCCCAUCCCAGAGCGCAUACACUUCUGUUGCUGAUCCCGGCAGGACAAUACAACAAACAGCACUGAAGCUGCGAUUACCGAGCCCUCUUUUAACGUUUACAACAAUGAGGGUGAUUUUUUCAGCUAGUUGGAUAUUUCAAGGAUGGAUCACACACUUUGUUCUUGCCCUGUGCACUCAGACAGGACAGGCCAUAAUCUGCCAACAAAACGAGUAUGUGCACAGCGGGAGAUGCUGCGAAAAAUGCAAACCAGGAGCAUACGUACUCGAACAUUGCAAUGGCAGUUCGAAAACAAGAUGUCUUGAUUGUGGUUUUGAUAAGUAUCAGCCGGAUUGGAACAACAAAAUGAAUUGUAUUCCUCAGAAGUACUGUGAUGAGGGUAAAGGUUUUAACCGCACACGUCCUCAAAACCCCACAGCACCUGAACCGUGUCGCUGUAAACAGGGCUUCCAUUGCUCUCUGAUCAACUGCGAAUACUGUGAGGCCAUUGAGGAAUGUCCUGCGGGGAAAGGAGUCGUGAUGGGUGCAAAUGGCAGAGCUUCCUGUGUGUCCUGUCCAGCGGGAACAUUCUCAGACUCUCUAUCAAAGGAAUCCUGCAAGAAGUGGACAGAUUGUAAAGCUAUCGGCAAGACUGAGAAGCAGUUUGGAAGCACAACGACAGAUGCAGUGUGUGGACUCAAUUCUUCUGGUAUGACGCCCUGGGUUGUGGUGGCCAUCCUCUCGGUCAUCAUCGUGGUUUCACUGGUCGUCCUCUGCUUGUUUUGCUGCAAGGAUAAGCUGAACUUCCUAUCAGUAAAUCUACGCACGUGCGUCCAAAACCUGAAAGGAACUAGAAAUCAACAGGAAACUCUGACGAACUCAUACCACUGCAGCCACACUCCCCAAACUCUUCCUUUAAUUUGCCAAGAACUGACCCCUCCGGAAUUCCUCAUCAACUGUCCCAGCACCCACAUAUCCAUCUCUGAUGAACUGCUGCCUUACACUAACCAAGACCAGGAUCAGGAUUGUGCUGAAACCUCAUCAGGCGGCUCUAGCGAGGACUCCGGAUGCGGGCCGUCAUCACCCCUGUCAGGAAGCUCCUGCAGUUGUGCUCUGAAGGAGCCUGUGGAGGUGGGAGAAAACGAAGACUGCAGUCAGCUUGUGGCCACAGGUUUAGCCACAUGCUGCUCCUGCAGGACUGGAGAUGAAACUGCAGAACACGAGCAGGUUAUCAUCCUGAAAGAGCCUCUGCUGUGCGACGGCUUGCCUGCAUGCGAUUAUGUUCAUCUCCAUCGCUCUCAGGAGCUUUAUCUGGACUACAGCAGUCCUGCUGGAAAAGACGCCAUGUCUGAGAUGAGAGAUGAUCGAUGUCUAAUUGAAGGGUCGUACAGACAAAAUGAACCACGCUGCUGCAGUAUAGACUCCACUACCAUCCCACCGCUGUCGUCGGUCAGCGAUAACGAUCAGGGCCUUUCGUUGAUCCACAGCGAUGAGCACAAACUGUCCGAGCUGGACACAGAUGAGGACUACCAGAACCAGUGCUCUGAUUCUGCUCUCACAUCUGGUCAGGUGACGGGAAACAACAACACUACCUUUAUCUCCAGUGGGCAGGUGAUGAACUUCAGCGGCGAGGUGAUCGUGGUUUACGUCAGCCAGACAUCGCUGGGCAGCAGCGGAGGAACAGACGAACCCUUCAGCUGCCCCGUCCAGGAGGAAUCCACCGAGGACAGCCUUCAAAACCAACCCAAAUCCAACAGUAGCACAGCACCGCAGGCCAAAAGCCGAAACGCACGGCUGGAGAAACAACUGCCUGUGCAGGAGAUGACCAGCGACUUGUCCUGGCAGAAAUAAACAACUUUAAAUAUUCCAUACUAAAGCGGAAUUAAUGAUGUUUAUUGAUUGGUAAUUGGCGUCUGACAGCCCUUAUAGCAACUAGAGUGCUAUUUCAUGAAAAAAUGCUAUGCAUUUGUUGACCUAUGUAUUUAUAUGGUAUAAAUUAGGUACUUCUCGACUGGUGUGGAUGCUAAUGAGCUGAUGACAGGAAAAGUCAAGGACGUUGAACCUCUGAAUGUCUCAUUUUCAUACAAUCUCUGUGUUGAGGAGCCAAAUGAAAAGUGGCUUGGUGCGAUGAGAAGCCAAACUCAGGCCAAAGAUGAUGAAGACACGGCCAGAGAAAACACAAACGCAGCCAUCACAACAAAAGCAUGGUGCUUAUUGUUGUCUUUUUCUUUUCAUUUUCUCUGAAACUAAUCACUCGCACUGUACCUCAUGGAGAGAAGCGUUUUAGGAUGAUUGUUGUAUUUGAGACUGAAGGCCUGUUCACAACAAGAAUGAUAACUAUUAAUAACUACAUUUGGGAACACAAUGAACCAUAAUAUUCUGUUAAUUAAAAGAGCAAGCUUCAGCUGCUGUUUAAAUGCUCAAGGUUUUUUAAUGUGAAUGCCUAUUUCUGCCUAUAUUUGUGAGAUAUUAAAGUCGCAAUUAGAAGUAUUGCAAUAAGCAAACUCUCACUAUUGUGACUUUUCCCAUAUAUAAACACUAUUGUGUGAAAUCUGUUUGCUACUUUUGAAAUCGUAAUCUUUCUGUCUCAAUUUUUACACAGAGUUUACAGUUAAGAAUUGCUAUGCAAACAAAUAUGAAAUUUAAAAAGUCAUGAUUAGAGUUUUUUUUUUAUCCUUUGGGAUUCCAUGCAUUUAGGGUGGAUUUUGACUGGUUGUGGAAGUUUUUACAGUUCCAAAAUAUUCCAAAACAUGUUUAUCAUGUGGUGUCAAUGUUGCUUUCUUUUAAGAUGUUAUGAAACUAUUAUCCUUGGUGUGGACGGGACUAUUAUCCUUGGAUGAAGGGACAGUUUGCCCAAAUAUCUGAAUUUACUCACCCCUCAGGUGGUUUUAAACCUUCAAGACUUUUAACCGAAAAUAGAUAUUUGAAACAAUGUUGAAAACUCAUAACCUCUGACAUAUUGCUGAAAAAAUAUGGAAGUCAAUGGCUAAUGUUUUGAUCAUUCUACAAAAUGAUUUGGUACAACUGGAGAGCAAGUAAAUGAUGACAGAAUAAAGCAACAAGCCCCAAGAACUUUACAGUGAAUUUAUAACAGCUCGAGGAGCUCGCUGUAAACCAUAGCUUUACUGGGUUUAUUGCUUUUAUAAAAUGGUUAUUUAACAUACUGUAUAGUACAGUUUACAAAAUAAAACAGCAAAAAAGAUUCUAAUGGAGUAAUGGUGGCCAAGAACCAUUUUACAACAGCUCAACCAAUCAAAAUAGUUUUAUAGACCGUUUUGAUGGAUGUAAACAAUAACAAUGGUCCUGGCGUAUUUCCUGUUUUACAUUUUAAAUUUCCAUAGCUUCUGACGGUCCAAAAUAUCCACAUAUUCAUAAAUAAUGUUAUUGAUAAAUAGCUGUUAAGUUCUGAUUGAAUCGCCUUGUUACAGAUAUGAAGUUGACAACAAGCAAGAAAUGUUCAUGGGCUAAUGACAUCUCAUGGAAAUGGUCUAUAAUUUUCAUUUAUGGGUAAACUAUCUCUUUAAGCAAGUAAAAUGAAAAUAAGAAACAGGGAAGUUGAUUUGUGGUGUUUAUUUUUUUAAAUAAAACCAUUUGAAAUGUUAA